CCGCUUCUCCUUAGCCACUUUCCCCCAGAAGUAGUGGAGGAGAACCGCCGAGCCAGCUGGAGGUUCUGCUACUUUAUUUAGCUCCUUCGGUGUCUCGGAACCCGACAACAGCGGAAUGUGGACGUCACGUCCACGGAGAGAGCAGGGGAGCCCUGCUCCGGGCGCUAGCUGCUAAGCAUGCUGGCCAAGGCUCCGACCACGACCAGCAGCAUCAAUUUGGUGAACGCAGAAAGCACGGACACCGUAGCGGACCGGCAAGACGGAGUUAAGAUGGCCGACCUGGUGGAGAGCUUAGACACGAGAGAACUGGACUUUGACGAGGGAGAGGAGAUGGACUAUGACGGAAACUGCCUCGGGGACUGCCGCAUCCCGUUUUCGGCGGUGUACGCCACGGUGGGCUUCAAGGAGGCCAGCGCCAAAGUCUUCCUUCCCACUGUGCCCAUCACGGCUCGCAUCCUGGAGGUGGAGCGCUUCACCACCGCGCAGGACCGCUUCAACGUGUCGCAACACAGGAGCGUCAAUAAGUCCCUCCCCGCCGUGUUCAAGAUCGAGAUGAAGCACGGCGAGUUCACGUGGGUGGUGAAGAGGAAGGAGAAACACUUCAUGGAGCUUCACAGGGAGCUCAGGACCUACAAGACCUUCAUGAGGAUCCCUCUGCCGUCACGCAGUCACACGGUGAGGAGGAGGACGGUGAGGAAGAGCGAGGUGAGGGAGAUGCCCUCGCUGCCCAGGGGGGGAGGAGACGAGCUGGUGCGGGAUGAGCAGGUCUCCAGCAGGCGGAGACAAUUAGAGGACUAUUUGAACAAGCUGCUGAAGAUGGCCUUGUACCGCAAAUAUCACCACACCAUGGAAUUCAUCGACGUCAGCCAGCUGUCAUUCAUUCACGAUUUGGGACCAAAGGGACUGGAAGGGAUGAUUCAUAAGCGCUCGGGGGGCCACCGUAUCCCCGGAUUGAACUGCUGUGGUCACACCAAGGCCUGCUACCGCUGGUCCAAGCGCUGGCUGGUGGUGAAGGACUCCUUCCUGCUCUACAUGAAGCCCGACUCGGGGGCCAUCUCCUUCGUCCUGCUGGUGGACAAAGAGUUCAGCAUCAAGAUGGACUCCAAAGAAACCGAGACCAAACACGGAGUCAGGAUCGACAGUUUGUCCAGGACUCUGGUGUUCAAGUGCAGCAGCUACCGACACGCCCGAUGGUGGGGGCAGAGCAUCGAGAGCUUUGUCAGGAGCCACGGGAAGGCCUUCCUCCGGGAUCACCGCUUCGGCUCCUUUGCCCAGGAACAGGAAAACAUUCCCGCCAAAUGGUAUGUGAACGGGAAAACCUACAUGGAGGAUGUGGCUAACGCCUUGGAGGAGGCCAGAGAGGAGAUCUUUAUCACGGACUGGUGGCUGAGUCCGGAGAUCUUCCUGAAGAGACCCGUGGUGGAGGGGAACCACUGGAGGCUGGACUGCAUCCUCAAACGGAAAGCUCAACAAGGGGUGCGCGUCUUCGUGAUGUUGUAUAAAGAGGUGGAGCUCGCCCUGGGCAUCAACUCGGGCUACAGCAAGAGGACCCUGAUGCACCUCCACCACAACAUUAAGGUGAUGCGCCAUCCGGACCACGUGUCCUCCUCCGUCUAUCUGUGGGCACACCACGAGAAGAUCGUCGUCGUGGACCAAUCCGUCGCCUUUGUGGGCGGGAUCGACCUGGCAUACGGUCGCUGGGACGACCGGGAGCACCGCCUGACGGAUGUCGGCAGCGUGACGCGCUCGGUGGCGCUCGAACAGGCCGCCAGCGCUCCGUCCGGCAAGGCUGCGGCGUCCCCCGUGGAUGGCGUCUCCCACAGCAACGGACGGGGCACGCCCACGGGCGACACCACGGACCUCCCCAGGCUUAAGGGCGUCGGCCGCAGCAGGCGGGCUCGCUUCAGCUUGUACCGACAUCUGCACAAACACACCCUGCAGCACGCCGACAGCGUCAGCAGCGUGGACAGCUCGGGGAGCGGCUCGCUUCAAAGCUUCAAGACGGGGGUCGGAGAGUUGCAGGGAAACACCCGCUUCUGGCAUGGGAAGGACUACUGCAACUUCGUCUACAAGGACUGGAUCCAGCUGGAAAAACCUUUUGAUGACUUCAUCGACCGCUACACGACUCCCAGGAUGCCGUGGCACGACAUCGCCUCGGCGGUCCACGGCAGAGCGGCCCGCGACGUGGCCAGGCACUUUAUCCAGCGUUGGAACUUCACCAAGAUCAUGAAGCCAAAGUACCGCUCCUUGUCUUAUCCCUUCCUGCUGCCAAAGUCUCACUCCAGCGCCAAUGAGCUGAGAUACCAAGUCCCCGACUGCGUUGACGCCAAAGUGCAGGUCUUGAGAUCAGCGUCCGACUGGUCGGCCGGCAUCAAGUACCACGAGGAGUCCAUCCACAACGCCUACAUCCAAGUCAUCGCCAAGAGCAAACACUACGUCUACAUCGAGAACCAGUUCUUCAUCAGCUGUGCCGACAACAGGACGGUGUACAACAAAAUCGGAGACGCUCUCAUCGAAAGGAUCAUCCGAGCGCACAAGGAGGGGAAGAAGUACCGAGUCUACGUGGUGACCCCCCUGCUUCCUGGCUUCGAGGGCGACAUCACCACCGGGGGAGGAAACGCCAUCCAGGCCGUCAUGCACUUCAACUACAGAACCAUGAACCGAGGAGAACACUCCAUCAUCUCCCAGCUGAGAAAAGAGAUGGACGACCAGUGGAUGAACUACAUCUCCUUCGCCGGUCUGCGGACGCACGCCGAGCUGGAAGGCCGCCUGGUGACGGAGCUCAUCUACGUCCACAGCAAGAUGCUCAUCGCCGACGACAACACCGUCAUCAUCGGCUCGGCCAACAUCAACGACAGAAGCAUGCUGGGAAAACGAGACAGCGAGGUGGCGGUCAUCGUGGAGGACACGGAAAAGGUGUCCUCCGUGAUGGACGGGAAGGAGUAUGACGCCGGCCCGUACGCGCUUCAGCUGCGCUUGGAAUGCUUCAGGACCAUCCUUGGAGGUCACAGCGACGCCAGCAUUGAUCUCGCCGACCCCAUCAGCGACCGCUUCUACAAGGAGGUGUGGAUGACCACGGCCGGACGCAACGCCACCAUUUAUGAGAAGGUGUUCCGCUGCCUCCCGUCCUCGCUGGUGCGGAACAUGUCGGAGCUGGAGCACUACCAGUCCAAACCCGGUCUGGCCCACACGGACCUGGCUCGGGCACAGGAGGAGCUCCGCAGGAUCCGGGGCUUCCUGGUGCAAUUUCCUCUGGAUUUUCUGUCCGAGCAAAACCUCAUGCCCUCGGUCGGGACGAAGGAAGCCAUGGUGCCCACCGAGAUAUGGACGUAGGACCAAAGGGGCACUGGAGGACUCCUUGUGGACCGCGUUGGGGAUGACGGAACUCCUGAACCUGGAUUUGAAGACGCAACCUCCUGAAGGAUUUGAACAGGGACCAUGGUAACCCAACAUGAGUGUGAUGGUUCCACACGUGUGGUCCUGGCCUAUCAACCUGUGUCCGUGCUGCUUUGGGACUCCGGAAGCUCUGGGAAGCCAUACUUGUUAGGAUGGCCGACGUGUUUUUUCAUAGGAAUUUCAUAGCCCUUUUCAUAGGAAUUUUCUUGGAGGACCGACAGCAUAAAAGGGUGCAUUCACACUUGAUUGGUUCGGGUUAAAGGCACUCUGGAAUGGUGCGUUUGCACUGCAAGGGGGGGGGGGGGGGGGGGUCUCUGUGGACUCUGGUGCGGUUUGAUAUAUUUUAGAGUCUUUUGGUGGAAUCUAAGCUGCUAAAUAUAGCAGACGGUAUAGAAAUAGCCUAAAUAUUCAACCUGGCAGACAGCAUUUUGCUUUGCAAUGUUUCAGCUUCAUCAAGUAAUAUGUCACAACCGCACUUUAAAAGUAUAUUUUACAAGCUUUUGGUCAAAUCAGAAUAUAAAAACAACCUACUUAUUCAACGCAACCGACAACAUUUUGGUCUGGAAUACUUUCAGUUAAGUCGCCUAUUAUGUCACGAAAGCUCUUUAAGUAUAUUUUAGAAGCUUUUGGGGAAAUAUAAGCUGGUGAAAAAUAUCCUAUGUAUUCAGUGCAGCAGACUUAAGUUUGAAAUACUUUUAAUACUUUUUCUGAUAUGUCGUGAAAACGAUUUUAGUAGCAUAAACACCAUAUUUUAGGGAAAUCUAAUAUGGUAAAAUUAGCAGAAUAUAAAAAUAACCGACAUAUUCAACCCAGCCGUCAGCAUUUUAAUUCGGAUUAAGUCACCUAGCAUGUCACAAAAGCUCUUUAAAAGUAGGUUUUAGAAGCUUUUGGGGAAUUCUAAGCUGGAAAAAAGCAGAAUAAAAAAAUAUCCAACAUAUAGUACUUGAUAAAAACACAUUUUAGGGAAAUCUAAUAUGGUAAAAAUAACAGAAUAUAAAAAUAACCGACAUAUUCAACCCGGCCGUCAGCAUUUUAAUUCGGAUUAAGUCACCUAGCAUGUCACGAAAGCUCUUUAAAAGUAGAUUUUAGAAACUUUUGGGGAAUUCUAAAGUGGAAAAAAGCAGAAUAAAAAAAUAUCCAACAUAUAGUACUUGAGUUACGUCACCAGAUAUGCCAUGAAAACUCUUUUAAAGUAUAUUUUAGAAGCUUUUGGGGAAAUCUAAAUAGCGGAACAGAGAACAGAGAAAAACGUAGGUAUUCAACCUUGUGCAGGGCAUUUUGGUUUGGAAUUUUGUAGUUACGCUGCACAAAGUCCCUUUAUAAGUCUAUUUUAGAAGCUUUUUGUUAAAUAAUAAUCAGAAAAAUUAAAGAUAACCAUGUAUUCAACCGGGCAGAUGGCAUUUUGGUUUGGAAUCAGUUGUCACAAAAGCCGUCCAAUCAAGUCGUUACUUUAUGUACGGCAUGUUCUUUACUGCACAGUCUUUGGUCAUGUGACAAAAAUACCUUUGCAACAAAGUGUGCACAGAGUAUCUUUUUUUUUAUUUUUUAUUUUUUACCAUUUUUUAAACUGAAACCAACCACAAGUGUGAAUGCAGGCGAAAAGGCCUGAGGGAGACAAUCGACUGGUCACUUGAUCAUGUAAUAGCAUUUGUCCACCAGCAGGUGGUGCUGGCUUCUUAAAGGUACAGCUGCUCCACAGUAGAGUGUAAAAACCACCCAACUAGCAUUUCAACCACACAAGACUCACUUUACCUGAACUAUUUUAUUAUUAUAGUUUAUGAUUGUUAUUACUGUAAGUAGGUGCUGUGUGAGAUAUUUGCUCUAUUUUGUAUGAUAAGUCCUUUUGAGAGCUGUCCCAUUCGUGUCUCCAUUGGUCACUAGUUCCAUUUUAAUGUGAAUUUUAGCAACCACUUGUCUUAUGCUGAGAAACUAGCAUGCAGGAUGAAUAUUUGAAAUAUAUAUGAAACAUUAACGCCAACUUUGAAGAUGCUGGAUUGUGGGAGAAACCGUUGGAACAAAAUGAACUUUAUACUUGCUGAAGGUGCAUUUUCAUGUUUAUCUUUUUGGACCGGGACCAUGGAGUGGUUUUGUUGGUUUUGUUAAUACCGCUGUAUCCGUACCUGUAUUCACACGCCUUAUACUAAUACUUUAACACUUAUUUACAUAUGUUCAUAUUUUCAGCCUUGUGUUUUCAUGAAGUACACAGCGACUGUAUUUGACGCCGGUUUUCACUUUAGCUUCCACUGUUAAUAGUUUUGUACAGUUGCAAUACGGUAUCCGGUUUUCCACGAUGUGUUCAUGAAACUGUAAUUCAAAUGGCUGACAAAUAAAAUGAGCACUGGUUCACACCA